CAAUACGCGCACAAAGGGUUUGCUGUCGCUAAAUCAAAUGUUUCACAUUCCUGUCAAAAAACGAGUCCGGCAGGUUGCGAUGUCACGUCACGGUCAGUCGUGAUGUUCUUCCAUUCACAUGCUUCCUUCUUUUGUCCAAGCUUCCCGCUUGAGCGAACGAUCUGCUGAUGGAACCGCCUUCGUAUGAAGAGGCGACAGCCCACCAGCAGCCUCCGCCGUCCUAUGAAGAGACAACAACUCUCCAGCCGAGUCCAACUUCAAUCUUGAGCGCACCCACCGAGACGCCCACCUUCACACCGCAAGUCACCUGCGAUCGACCAGGAACUGUCCAGCCAGAUCCGUUUCCCAUCUUGACGACGCCCACCGCCACGACCACCCAGACAUCACGAGUCUACGUCCGUCAGACGCCGCAAGUCUUUGUCCGUCAACCAUCAGUGGUCAGCACGGUCCAUCAGCAGAGACAGCCGACACGCACGGCGCCCGCAGCGCAAGCGGUGGCGACGCAGCCGCAGACGCAGCGGACCAUUCCCGUCAGUGACCCGCCGAACCCUGCCGGUUAUGUUCGAUGUUCAAAAUGUCAGCGGGAAGUCAAGCCUAGAAAAGUCCUGAUCCCGUCGUCAACUGCCUUCCUCACCUGUUCCCUUCUCAUCAUCUCAUGCGCCUUUUGCGGCUUCUGCCUGAUUCCGUUUUGCAUGCCUGAGUGCUGGGACGAGCACUACUUCUGUCCUCGUUGUCGGAAACAUCUUCUACGCAUCUAGGAAGUGCAGUGAGCAAUAGCCGAUGGCUCAUGGGUGGGCUAAUGACUGGUAUCAACCGCUGUGCGGACCUUUUUGCAGUUUGUCAAACCUCUGAUCAACCACUGAGGAACAAAUCAAGUGUCAUGAUUUCUAAUUGUGUCAAGUUUCGGUUUGUGACCAACAGGUGGCACUGUUGGGCUCUCCCUGCAGCUGCACACCUGUUGGUCGGUA